AUGUAUUUAUCAAAACAAAAACAAAAUCUAUUGGAUCUUAAAUUUUGUCAAAAAUAUUCACUUGAAAUUCUUCCUUCAUUAGAAGGUUUAACAGCAAUAAGAUUAAGAAAAAAAGAAUUAGUUAAAUGGUUAAAAAAAGAGAAUAUGAACGAAUAUGAAGA